GAGGAUCAGUAGGCAAACUGUGGCCGUCAGAGGAGAGCAGCCCCCGCUCUGAUCCCCGGGACUUUCUCAAGUGUUUACCGACGCUUUUUAAUCACCUCGUACGGAAACUUCAACAUGGACAUGAAGAAAAGGAUCACUCUAGAGCUGCGGAGCAGAAACCCGGCGGAGAUCGCGGAGCUGGUGGUUGACAACAGUCGCUCUGCAGACGGGGAGGUGGAGGGUCUGACAGACGAGUUCACUGAGCUCGAGUUCCUCAGUAUGGUCAACGUGGGUCUGAGCUCGCUGGCCAAGCUGCCCUCACUGCCCAAACUACGCAAGUUGGAGCUGAGCGACAACAACCUGUCCGGUUCUCUGGAGACUCUGUCAGAGAAAUGUCCCAACCUGACCUACCUCAACCUGAGCGGGAACAAGAUCAAAGAGUUGAGCAACGUGGAGGCACUGCAAAACCUGAAGAGCCUGCAGAGUCUGGACCUGUUCAACUGUGAGAUCACGUCCCUGGAGGACUACAGGGAGAGCGUGUUCGAGCUGCUGCCUCAGGUCACCUACCUGGACGGCUUCGACCAGGAGGACAACGAGGCUCCAGACUCCGAGGCCGAGGACGAAGAUGAGGACGGCGAAGACGGGGCUGGGCCGACUGGAGACUACGAUGAUGAGGAUGAUGAAGAGGAGGACGAGGACGGCUCAGAGGGAGGAGAGGUGGGGCUGAGCUUUCAGGUGAACCGUGGCAAUCAGGAGGACGAUGAGGAUGAGGAAGACUAUGGAGAGGAGGAGGAGGAGGAAGAGGAUCAGGCGGGCGUCCAGGGACAGAAGAGGAAGAGAGACGUGGACGAUGAAGGUGAAGAAGACGAUGAUGACGAAGACGACUAGUUCUCCGGCCGACCGCCAUCCGUGUGUCGUCCUGUCCUGUUUCUGUCCGUCUCAGUCCACCUCCGGACCCGACCUCCGCCAGACAACAACCUCUGCCACUGCAGCAACCGGCAACAACAGCAGGGACAGCAACAGCAGCAACAGGAACAGUGAUGUCAGAUAGCUCCUCCUGCGGUAGAAUAUCACCUCUUUAUUUUAGAUAAUAUAUAAGAUUUUAUCAGAACUGUACCUGCUGGACUCCGUCUCCCUUUAAAACCUGGUUCAGGAUCAAAGCUUCUGUCUAUCCGGUAAGUCCGUCUCCUCUCCACAUCCUGAACUCUGAUCCUCGUCUGAACGUUCUCUGGAUGGCUGACUCUGAAGGUGAAGUCCUGGUGUGGACCGGCUCCUCGUUAGCAGAGGUUCUGGUGUGAAAACCAGGAUCCAGAACACACUGGACCAGAUUUCUGUCUCUGCAGUUGGCUCUCUAUCGUCUUCUUCUCCUGCUCGUAUGAAGCUGUUGACGACCUUUUCAAGCACAGCACUCUUCCAAAACCAGGUUUAUUUGUACAAACUAGAGGGACGGGUCUCUGGUCCCACUCAGAACUUUUUAUAAGAACCUUCUCUCAGCUGGAGUCCUGAGGAGCCUCCAGUCCAGACUACAAGACCCUCCGCCAUCUGUUAGUCCCAGUACGACACACAGGUUGUUUUAACUAACUUCCUGCUCUCAGGUGGUGCUGCACAUGUGCAUUACCAUAGUUACCUCACAUCACCUCUGCAGAUCAGUAAUAGAUGAUUGACGAGUUUGUGUUUUUAACUUAUGCUAAAAUCAGAUCUACUGUCAUAAAACCACUAGAGUACACUUUGACCCAGACUGAGACCCUGCCCUUCAAGACGUCUCAGUCCAGUUGUUUGGUCCACAACAGUUUGAUUGACAGCUUUAACUCCAGACCAGACAGGUGAGCUGUGAACGCAGCUUGAGAACAAUCUGAUCCACAGAUACGUCUCGUUGUUUCUGUUGAAAUCAUGCAGACCAGUUGUGGAUAAUCUGUAAUCACCACAGCUCAACACGUCCUGGACUCAGAUGUGAACUCUGGUCUGAGGAUCUUGUAGUCUGGACUGGACUGAACCUGUUGUCCCAGCCCUCCACAGCUUCCUGCAAGAGCCUGACAGGAGACCUUCAAAACCACCAAAGUCUGCAGCCGUCCUGGUACAGAUGUAGAGUUUCACCUCACCUCUCAUGUCAGGACCUUCUUCUUCUUCUUCUUCUUCUUCUUCUUCUUCUUCUACUUCUUCUUCUUCUUCUUCUUCUUCUUCAUAGUCAUCAUCAUCACAUGCUUCUCUGAGCCUUCAUCAUAUCACUUUGUCCCUCUGAGCUUCAAACAACCAUCCACAUCAAAUGUGAUCCACACCUUUUUAAAAAGAACCCGAUUCUUUCUGCAGCCAUAUCAGUCUCUGGACUCUGACGGGAGAGGAGAGCGCCCCCUUCAGGACAUCAGUGUGUCUAACACCCAAUCAGGGACGUUUCAUGUUUCUGUCUCCACCCGCCGUGUUGAACAGUUCAGGAUCCACGUCCACGUCAUGUUUCAGUCCGAACUGUCCCUGAACUGGAUCAGUAGUGAUCCCGUUGACUCUGCUGUCUCUGCCGCGUCUCACAGUUCCACUAUAUGCAGACCUGCUGUCGCUCAGGUCCACACAGGAGAUCGUAUUAAUAAUAUUCCCAGUGUGUGUUUGAUUUAUUGUAGGGAUUCUACAGGGAAGAUUAGGGGCGGGUGGGAGGAAUUAUUAGUUCUGAUGUGUUUGUUUUUUGGAGUUAACAGAGACCUGUUUCUGUCCCUGAUCAGAAGCUGUUGUUUUUAGUUUGAUGUAAAACCGAGCAGCUCGUCCUCAAACUGCCCGUCCCUCCUGAUGUCCAGACUGCCGCCGCUGUGUCACACUUUAGGCUCCACCUCCUAAAAAGGACUCACAAACGUGGUGCGUUCAGGUGCUCCUCGUCUACUCAUCAGGUCAGAAAUAUCCGAGUUCACCAGCAGGAAGUUCCUCAAACGUUAGAUGAAUCCUGUCAGGGAGGUCAGUCUGUUUGGGAUGAAAACUGUUUACAACUCUAUAUGACAGAAAAUAAUCAAAAAAUUAAUAUAAAAAAAUUUCUGUAUGAAAAGUUUAAUAUAAUGCAGAUUAAUUCAGAUGAAUAACACCAGGUUCAAGGGUUCAGUUCAAACAGGAGGUGUUUUAUUUCAGGUUUGUCUCUUUCAGUACCAUCUUCAUCAUGUGAUUAAGAGCUGUGAGUCAGUGCAGCAGGUUAAUGUGUCUCUUCAAUGACAGUCAGUUUUACUUCCUGUGAUGGAUUCUCUUAGACCUUGGAUAUAACACCCAGUCAUGUCUGUCUCUGACUUAACGAGCUGGUGAGAUCACCUGAAUGCACUGUCAUAUUGACAGAUGUGCAGUGGGUUAUGGGAUAUUGAGGACUAAAGAAUGCAACAGCUGUGUCUUCCAGAGUUUCUCAGUGUAGUUUACCUGUUUGAAGGGGGUGGAGUCUGAAACAGGACACACCUGCGGCGUCUGUUUCAGGUGUCAUGACACGGCUUCAGAUUCUACUUUUUACUUCCUGCUUCCUCCUGCUUUAUUAAACAGCAGCAAACAAGACUUGGCUGGAAAUAAAUGAAAUGAUCAUCACAGAAUAGACCUAAAGAAACAGAUCCUCAUUUAUCUCCAGGUCAUGCCGGUUUGUUCCUGAUGAGCAGCAGACUCUGUACAGCUCUGACUUUAAACUGCUGUAAACUUUUAGCUUUUCUCUCAUUUACACUCUUAAAAACAGCAUCUUUUUAAACACGCCCACGUCUGAUUUCGUACACAAAAAUACUUCACUGUGCAACAACUCAACUCGCUCGAGCUGAAGUUGUUGGACUGCGACAACAACAAUCGUUUGGUCUUAAGUUAUAAAACUCUGCUCCUGAAUCGUGGCCGGGAUUCUCUGGUUCAGGUACUCUGAUUUGGCUCAUGUUCAAUUUUAGGUCUGAACGUUUUUACUGUUCCAGCUGUUGAACUCAUAUUUCUUUGUAAUUUGACUUUUUAAUACAAUUUUUUAAAACACUCUAAUGGAAACAACAGAUGACAAAAUGAUCUCAACAUGAGGUCAAAUUUGGAAGCCUUAACAUAAUCAGUUCCAACAUCAGCUGACAACUGAGCCAACUCCAUCUGCUGAUGAAAAUCAUAUGAUAUGAUCAAAAGCUCCAGAACAGCUACUAAACUGACUUUAAGGGCAGAUUGAUUUGUCAUAAUUUUAUCGUGUUUUCAUGUUUCUAAAUACAUUAAACUUCAUUUAAAUGAAAAGUGUAUAUACUGCACAGUUUUCUCAUGAAUGACUACUCGUUAUCUGGUCGGCUUUAAAUGUUGAUUAGUUCUCGUCCUUCAUCAGAGAGACCUGACGAGUGGUUACUGUCAGCAUGAACUCCAAGCCAAAACUAACUGAUCAGCUGAUUAACAGAGAAGUAAUCACAGGAAAUUUUGACAAUUGUAUAAUUGUCAGGCAAAAAUUCUCUGGUUUCGCGAAACAGUUAAUCAAUAAAAUGAAAAAACUGAUCAGCAGAUUAAUUGUUAAUCUUGAUUUGUAUGUUUGUGGGUGGGAAGUCAGUGAGGGAUCUCUGCAAUGACUCCUGGUGGUCCGUCGUCAAACUGCACGUCUCAAAUAAAAACAUGAACCAGACAAAAACAUGACAUAGGCAUUAGGAUGUGUUUAACGUGGCGUGUUGUUCUUAAGAGUGUAAAGGUCAAAGGUCAUGUCUGUCAGACCUGCUGAGGUCGGUUUUAACUGGUUUUUAAGGCAAUAUUGUAAAUAGACUCUCAGCUCAGUUUCAGGUUUGUUUUUAUUUUGUUAAUGACUUAAAUAAUUUUACAGAUGUUUUUGUUUUCUGCAGAAAGGUGAUAGUUGACCCACGCCUUUGACCUUUGACCCCAGCUCACUCCUGUGUCAGCUGUUAGUUUCCCUCCAUCGUCCCGUCUGUGGGGACAAACUGUAUUUGACUUUUUGUGUGGUGUAACAGAAACAAUACUGAGGGUUUUCAAUAAAAACAUGAAAGGAAAACAAGUUGUUUUCAGCUCAUUUG